AAUUUUGAGGUCACAGAGAAUGCACGUGUCAUGGUUCUAGCUGCUACAAACAGGCCAAGUGAACUGGAUGAAGCAAUACUUAGGCGAUUCCCCCAGACCUUUGAAAUUGGAAGACCAGAUCAAAGUGAGAGAUCUAAGAUAUUGCAGGUGAUUUUAAAGGGGGAAAAGAUAGAUGAAGAUAUUGACUAUGAUAACAUAGCUCGCCUAUGUGAAGGUUUUACGGGCUCAGAUAUUUUUGAGCUUUGCAAACAUGCAGCCUACAUUCCAGUUAGAGAGUUCUUGCAAGCUGAGAAGGAUGGAGAAAGCUACAAUGGCCCAAGAGCACUGAAGCAAUCAGACUUGGAGAAAGCUAUGUCAACCAUUGGCAGAAAAGAUAAAAGAUCAAGCUCACAAUCACCUCCAUGGGCCCAGCCGGCAGAUUCAGAUGACACUCAGGUCCAGAAUGCCAUCUUCCAAAUCUCAAAGAUAAUGUCUCAUAUUAUGAACAACCAGUCUGAAGCUCAUGACCCUUAGUUUUUUUUUUUUACCUCAAAUAUUUUAUGCGUUCAUGUCUAGUAUUGCUUUAGGAGAAGCUGAUGGUUUCAAAUGUUUUCCGUUAUGGCAUAUAUUUUAUAACCCAAUUGUACUACUUAGCCUCUUUAUAAAUUAUAUAUGAUUGGAAAGUAAUGGAAGAUACAUCACAAAAACUGUCUUUUUGUUCA